AUCAAGAUGGCGCUGCACAUGAGGAGGACGCUACUGUCACUCAACCGAAUAGCAUACAAGACUUUUAAGCCCCCAGAGGUUUUGGAUGUCCAUAGCCCUGUUCCUCUGCUGCUGACCGUGAGAACAAAGAAGCGCUACUUUAUUCCUCCAGCAGUUGGCUUAAAAAGAAAGAGAAAUGCAAACCCAGAGGCUCAUGCCCGAGCUGCAGGCAUUGUUUUCAGACAGGAGUACUUUGAGAGGCCCAUCAACAUUGCAUGCACUGCUGGAAUAUUUGACCCGUACGUCCCUCCUGAAGGUGAUGCCCGUCUCUCCACUUUGUCCAAAGAAGGAAUUAAACAGAGAACAGAGCAGAUUCGGCAGAGCGCUGCUUCUCAACUUGCAAUUCGUAAAAUCAAAGAAAAUGACCCUGAGUUCUCAUCAAAGACCUUUGCAGAAAAAGCUCAAGAAAUCUUCAUUGAAGCUCAUAAUGCAUUAACAAACUUCAACAAAGAAAGACUUCAUUCUUUAGUAACAGAGAGAUGUUACCCUGAGUUGACUCGAGGAAACCGGUACAAGACAAUUCGUUGGAGGUUUCUUGAGUCAUUGGAGCCCCCGCGGGUUGUUCAUGCUCGGUGUCCCGACAUGGUUUCCAAAGGCAAUUUGUACGGACAGGUCACAGUCCGCAUGCACUCAAAACAGACUUUAGCCAUCUAUGACCGUUUUGGCCGGUUAAUGUUGGGAGGAGAGGACCAGCCUAAAGAUGUAUUGGAAUACCUGGUGAUAGAGCGCCACCUAGUGAAUCCUUAUGGAAGCUGGAGACUCCACGGGAAAAUAGUGCCAUCCUGGGCUCCAGCCAAAGAUCCCAUUAUUAAGACUGUACAGAUUCCUGGUCCGGAGCUGAAGCCAUGGGAAGAGUUUGACUCUCAGGGUUAUCAAGUACCAAAACCUGAGGCAGUGCAGUGGUACAAGUGACCACCAGAUGGAGUUAUUCUCUUUGCAAAAACCCUGAGAGACUGUGAUAAUAAAAUGUGUGGGUCGCUGCAAGCCCACAAACUGGCUUUAGUUGGAUAGUUUCAGUGUGCCCCUGAUCGAUCUCAAAUCAUCUUAUCACUUUAUUCUUGAGAUCCUUAUUUUUUUUACAUACUACUAUCCAAUCUUAAGUACAACUUACAUCAGUUUGUUCUAGCUAAAAGGCCCAAUUAUCUUAAUUGCAGUACUUAGCCCAACCAAAUGUAUAAAUAAAAAUGAUUUGUUAUUAAAA